UUCAGCUAACGGCUAUUCUCCACAUUCUUCUUUCGUUCACUUGGCUACAUUAUAUUUCAAUGGACUUGCAUUUCUCUUUUCAAACAAAUCUCCAAGUUUUUACCUCAUAAUUUCCAUCAAAAAUGACUCUCCCUGUAGCAUGCCCUCCUUCCUCUGCCUCAUCCGACCCGCCUACUGUUGCGCAACGCAAGCGACGCAGAAGAGCUCCAGCCAGUGGUGCCUCGGACGAUUGCUUCGCUUGUACCAAACGCAACGUAAAAUGCGAUCGCAGAAGACCCUAUUGUUCACAAUGUCUAGAAGUGGGAAAUGAGUGUUCAGGCUACAAAACCCAAUUAACUUGGGGUGUGGGAGUGGCAAGUCGAGGAAAAUUGCGAGGCUUAUCCCUCCCCGUUGCAAAAUCCCCUCCUGCCCCCAAAAGUCCACCCAUCACUCGUCCUCGAGCUGCUUCUACAAUUGCAAGACCUUUAGACAAAAACGAAGAUGGUGUUCGAAUUAAGUUAGAAAAUGCUGCUUCUGUACCUGUCAGUCCAUUUAUGACGUAUGAUUUUGUCAACAUGGCACCUCAUGGAAAUACUCCAACGACGACCCAAAUGUCGGACUGGAAUAUACCUGCACCAUCGCACGAAUUCAGAAUCCCAAAGUACCAUCCUGAGACACAACAACGACACAUACAAAGACAAUUACCCGGUCAACUUCAUCGGAUACACACGCUUAGUAUCGGGAGGCCAGAAGGACUCGGUCUUUCCAGUUCCGUGGACUCUCUGAGUUCAUAUCCUGACAGCGAGUAUGCAUCCCCCAUCAGCCAAUCAUUUCACAAUGACGAAGUUCCAUUUCUCAACAGCCCGCCCAAUGUACAACAGCUACUCUUCGAGAAAUACUUCUAUAACGGAUCAAAAUUCCGAUAUUAUGGGAAACUCACGUGGUCCAACAUCAUGUCCCGAUCAAUUCUACGCCCAGUCGGAAAUGAGCUCAAGCAUAAGCUCUCAUCAAACUAUGUAUGAUAUUGCAGAGGCUCGGCAACCUCAACGAUCCCAUCAAGGAUCUCCUUCAGUGCAUGAGAUAUUCUAUGAUGAUGAAAUGUUAGGUGAAUAAUUUUAUUCGAGGCGUUUCUUGAGAUCUUUUCACUAACUAUUCUCCUCCUAGGCAUCCAAAGCUCUCACGAACCUGACGUAUAUGCAACAAGCGCCAGAUCCAGCCAUUUUGGAUGGACUUCUAUAAAUGAAGACGAUGUUGGUUCCCCCACAUCUGAAGCAGACACUUACCAUCAUAUUACCGGACAUGAUUCCAUGUCAUCUUCGCUUACAUCUGAAAUGUCACCCCGAAUCUCAUUCUUUUUAGAUUAUUACGAGAAAAUCAUCUGCCCCUCGGUAGUGGUCAUCGAUAGCCCUUCUAACCCCUAUCGUGAGCAUAUCCUUUCUCUCGCUUCUUCAAGUCAAAGUCUUCAACAUGCCAUCUGCGCCCUUGCUGCUUGCAACCUACGCAUGAAGCGAAAGCAAUCACUUGGGCAAGAUCAUUGGCGUCAACCAAUGGAACUCGAACUUCAAGACCGUAUCAACGUUGGCUCUAUUGGUCGACCUGUCUGCGUCAGAAGAUCCUCUACUCAAACCACUUUAACCGACUCCUCGAGUACCGACGCAUCACUUCAAGAAGAAUAUCAACAUCGCUCCCUUGCUGUUUCCUUACUCAAUCAACAAUUAUCUGAUCCCUCUAAAGCCCGCCAUGAUUGUGUUUUAGCCACACUCUUUAUUCUCUGUCAUUACCGCAUGUGCGAAUCUGGCAUCGCCCAAUUCCGUACCCAAUUUGCUGGCGUCAAAAAGAUCCUCGGAAUGCGAGAAUGCGGAAUUGAGACUGGUAAUUGGGGAUGGAUGGAGUCCCUCUUUACCUACUUUGAUGGCAUUGCCGCUUCAAUCAAUGACCGCGAAGCUCAGCUUCGAGGUGGAUAUCUUGAAAUGCUAGCUAGUCCAUCCAAUCCCAAUCACGCAAUUGAAAACAUGGCAGGCUGCGACGCUGUCCUCUUCAAAACAAUCGCUAAACUGGGACGUCUAAAUUUACUUUCCCAGCAUCGUCCUGUUAUGAAUGAUUCUAUUUCCUGCAACUCUCAUACAAAUCAUAUACACCACCCAACCGGGCUCCAUCGACCUCGUCUUGCAGGCCAAGCACUUGUCGAUUUUUACAACCUCCAUUCCAUCUCAUUCGAUGGUAAUGGCUUCGCCUCAACCAUGUCACUUGAUGAUGAACCCAACUUUCCUAUGCAAAGCCUCACACCACUCUCUCCUACCUCCUGCUCACCAACAUCUGUCCCAACCUACAUGCCAGGUGAUGACGCCCAUACCACUUUCUGGACCGAAUGGAAAGCAGCGCGCCUCGAACUCCAAGAGUGGGAGUUCUCUCCCUCUCACAUCGUCUCCUCUCUCCCCGUCACCCCCACUCCGACUCAACUCCGCGACUUCGGAUAUAUAUCCGAAGCAUUCCGAUAUUCGGCCCUCUUAUACACUGAACGUCUCGCUUGUCCCACAACACCCAGCUCGCAUCUUAACUUCCAGAACUUGGUCAGCCAGGUUUUGUUUUACGUUACAAGCCUGGAGACUAAUAGUGGAUGCGAGAAGUUUUUGUUAUGGCCACUUUUCAUAAGUGGAAGUGAGUGUAUCAAUGAGUUGCAACAGAGCAUUGUCAGGAGUAAAUGUAGGGAAAUUAUGAAAAGAUCAGGGUAUCUUAAUAACUUGGCGGGAUUGGAGGUAUUAGAGAAGUUGUGGGCAGAGGGGAAAGAUGGACGAGCAUCCCCAGAUGGGAUGAGAGGUCAAGGGGGACCUUUUAAAUGGAGUAAACAUAUGGAGGGAGUGGAGGGUGAAUGGAUUAUGGUUUGAGUUGUCGGUUUGAUUGGGGUUUUUGAUUAGAGGUUAUGAUGUGAUGAUUGCUUGUUGUUCCGUUCUUGUUACUAUGAUCUCGCUUUUAAUGCGUAUCAUAUAUGUCACGUCUCUCACAAUACUUUGUGCACAUGACUUUUCUCUCUUUAUGUUAUUGUAUUUACGACUCCCUCUCUUGGUGCUAGUAAUCUGGAGGCGGACUGGGCUUAUGAAAUCACUUUUGUACAUGGGAGGCAGGCUUUGGUGUAUGGGGUGAGCCAACGAGAACAAAAAAGGUUAUUAGCGGUGGGAUGGAGAUUGAGAAUUCUUGGUUGCGGGGGGUGGGAGUCAUGGUCACGAAAAAUGAAUGAUGCCCCAAAAUUAUGGUACUUUUAUGAUUUUCGCUUAUGUGUUACGAAUUAUGUCAUAGUCUCAGGAAUGGAGGCUUGGGAAAAGUAUAUCGCGAUGAUUGGUAUUACACGGGGCAAAGAAUCAUUCGUUGGCUUGUUACUGCGUACUUUUAUCUCACUUAGAUAUAUUUCCAAUACAAAAAGUUAUGAG